GUAAGUAUUUAGGUAAAAUAUUAAAUGAAAGUAUUAUUUAAAUAUGUUCAUUUACAGGUCUGUGAUAACGCUCUGAGGAUUCGUUACAUCAAUGCAAGAUAUCCUGGGGCAACGCACGAUGCUACGGUUUUCAAUAUGUCUUCUUUAAAACCCCAAUUAGAAGAUGACUACCGCAGGGGUGAAAGGAAUUUAUUAUUAGGUGACGCAGGAUAUGCUUUACAGCCGUAUAUGCUUACUCCAUUCCGGAACACCGAUGACGGAUCAGUGCAGGGUAUAUUUCACAAAAGGCAUGCAAAAGCUAGGAAUAUUGUGGAAUGCACGAUUGGGGUGUUGAAAAAUCGGUUUAGGUGUUUGUUAGGUGCUCGUGCGCUGCACUAUGAGCCAAAGAAAGCCACCCAAAUAAUAAACGUUUGCGUAGCACUGCACAAUAUAUGCAUUUUUUACAAUGUUGAGUCUUCGAAUGAAGAAAUUUAUGAUAGCCAAGACCCAGAAAACUAUGAAGAUCAAGGUGACAUCAAUGUUCAAGCUGGCCAUAUAAAUCAAGAAGCCGUAGAAAUAAGAAAUAACAUUUUACAACAUAUGCGACUUCAGUCUUAAAUCUUUUUUUUAUUGUUUGUACGUAUUCAUCGAAGCUCAGUUUUUUUAAGUUUUAUUAAUUUGUU